CUUAAAUGGCUUUAGAUGAAUCACAUGAACCCAACCAGCUUCACUUUCUUGUUGUACCCUUAGGCUCUCCAGGCCACUAUAUCCCCACCAUUGACUUGGCCAAGUUAUUAGCUCAACAUGGUGUUAGAGUCACCAUAGUCACCACUCCCGUCAACAACAUAAGAUUUGGGUCAAUCCUUAAUCAAGCAAUGCAAUCAGGUCUUCCCAUUAGUUUUCUUGAAUUCCAGUUACCAUAUAAGAAGUUUGGCAUACCAGAAGGUUGUGAAUGUUUGGAUGAUCUUCCUGAUUUGGGCUUGGCCAAUGCACUUUUCCUUGCACAAAGCUCACUACAACAAGAAGUUGAACAAUAUAUUGAAAAGCUUAAUCCUAAGCCAAGUUGCAUACUUUCAGGCUCAUUUCUCUUAUGGACAGGUGAAACCGCGAAAAAGUUUCAGAUUCCAAGGAUUGUUUGUGAUGGAAUGAAUUGCUUCACUCAGAUGUGUAACCAUGUGCUAUACCUUUCAAAGGUAUAUGAAAGUGUCAACGAGUCGGACUCGUUCGUUUUGCCCGGUUUGCCUGAUCGUAUUGAGCUAACAAGAGCUCAGCUAUCCUUUUUAUUCAAUUCGGGCUCCAAAGACGUGAAGGAUUUUAGUGAAAAGCUUCGGAUAUCUGAGUCUGAAGCGUUUGGAGUCGUUAUAAACAGUUUUAAGGAGUUGGAGCAAGAAUAUGCAGAUGCAUAUCAGAAAGUCAAAAGAGAUAAAGCUUGGUGUGUAGGGCCAUUAUCCUUAUGCCAUAAGAAUGCAUCAGAGAAGGUCCAAAGAGGUAACCGAUCCUCAAUCAGCGAAGGAGAACGCAUUAAGUGGCUAGAUUCUCAAGAAAACGGAUCGGUGAUAUAUGCCUGUUUAGGGAGCAUCAGUCGGAUUGAGCCUGUACAGCUCAUAGAGCUUGCUUUAGCUCUAGAAUCAUCAAAAAAACCGUUCAUUUGGGUAGUUCGCGCAGGUCACAAGACUGAAAAGAUACAAAAAUGGAUAGAUGAAGAGGGGUUCGAAGAAAGAACCAAAGAUAGAGCUCUACUGAUCCGUGGGUGGGCUCCACAACUGCUAGUCUUGUCACACCCUGCAGUUGGAGGGUUUUUGACUCAUUGUGGUUGGAAUUCAGCACUAGAAGGGAUAUCUGCUGGUGUCCCCAUGGUAACAUGGCCGCAGUUUCAGGAACAGUUCUACAAUGAGAAGUUAAUUGUACAAGUGUUGCGAAUCGGCGUUAGUGUUGGUGCGCAAAAAGUGGUGCAUUUGGGUGAAGAAGAGAAGUCGGGAGUGGUAGUGAAGAGUGAGGAUCUCAGGAAGGCUAUUGAGUUGGUGAUGGAAGAGGGGAAAGAAAGCGAAGAUAGAAGAAAGAGAGCUAGAGAACUCGGUAAGAUGGCAAAUGGGGUGAUAGAAGAGGGAGGAUCUUCCCAUAGAAAUAUGAUACGACUUCUCCAAGAUAUCAGGAACCAAUCUAGUACUAACAAUUCAUGCUAAGAAGAUUAUGUUCAAUCCAUAAUGAAAAUAAAUAUGUAAAAACAUUCAUUGAGCCACUGUUGGGUUUACUCGGGUUUGUUCGGGUCAUUGGUUCGGCACGUUAUCAGGUCACGAACUAAAUGGUUCGAUGGGUUUAAUUUAAUACUUUCUGCACGUCUUAUUUGUGGAAAACUGGGUCAUGGUUUGACCAAAUAAAAGGGAGAAGAAAUAUGGAUUGUUGAAGAAAUCCAAAGUCAUGGGGCAUGCAAAC